GAGCAACCCAACGCGCUCCGUGGUCUCCGAGGCGACCGUUAGGCGGCGGCAGCGUCCGCAGCAGAGGCGCGUCAAGGAAUCUACCGGGACACCCGGGUUGGAGCGAUCGCCGCGGCAAUGGCGCAUGAUGGCUCGAGGCAGGAAAGACAGGAGAGGCAGGCCCGAGACCGAGGGAUGACCCGAUCCAAGGCUGAGAAGGCGCGACCGCCCACGGUGACGGUGCCGCAGGUGGAGAUCGUGCCUGGGCGGCUUAACGAGGCCGAAUGGAUCGCGUUAACCGCUAUCGAGGAGGGCGAGGACGUAGUGGGGGACAUCCUGGCGGAUCUGCUGGCUCGAGUCAUGGAUUCCGCCUUCCAAGUCUACCUGACCCAGCAGUGCAUUCCAUUUACCAUCAGUCAGGCCCGGGAAGCCAUGCUGCAGAUCACUGAGUGGCGCUUCCUGGCUCGGGACGAGGGAGAAUCAGCAGUGGCUGAGGACCCCACAUGGGGCGAGGAUGAAGAGCCCCUGGCGUGCACGACCGAUGCUUGGGCUCAGGGCUCUGUACCCGUGCUGCACACACCUGCCUCGGAGGUUCUGGAGGAGAACUGCCAAGUUGAAGACCUGGAGAACCUGGACCGGAUCCCUUUAAGAAGAUCGUGGCCGGGAAGAGCCUCCCAAGAACUGACGGAAUCUCGAGAGCAUUCUCUGAGUGUCACCUUGGGUCCCCAGCCCAAUCCGGAGCUGUUUCAGGAGGCAGAGCUCGGGGAUACUCUGGAGGAACCUGAUCGUGGGGCAAGAAGCCACUCUUCCUUGGUUGGGUUCUUGAAUGGGAGUGUACAACCGUCAUUGGAAGUGGAACUUGCAGAGAGUCCUCGUCCUUUCCUAGAGCUGUCCCAGGUAGCCCUUCCCCGGGCCUCUGUGGGGAGCCAGAGCCCACCUCACCUCAGGUCCCCCCUGUCGCUGGAGGACUUCUACUCUUGCAUUUCCCAACCAGACGCCGCUGGGGACCAGUUGAAGCGCAAGACCCAGGCGAUGUCCCCCAAUGCCUCAGGCGUGUUAGUACCCUUCUCCUCCAAAGGCGACACCAGUGCUCUCAGUGCAUCAGUGUCCUCCCAGUCGCAGCAGUCUGUGUACUUGGAUUCACAGCGUCGUGGCACGCUUCAGUCCAGGGUGGAUCGCAAGGCAGCCGAAGUGCGCUUGGACCCUGCGCGGCUUCCCCGCCACUGGGUGCGCCCCUUGGCUGAGGUCUUGGUUCCAGACUCCAAGGUUCACCCCUUGGAAGCCUACCGUAAGCGCCAGCGGGGAAAGAUCCAAGCCCAGGUUGGACUCCAAGCCCCUGGCCCCCAUGUCCCUGCAUCUCUGGCUGCAUUCUUCCCUUUACAAUCUGACGUUCCUUUCCGUGUUGUGGGCCCAGAACCCAGACUCCAAUUACCCACUUUAAACUUAGGCCCACCAUCACUAUCCUUUGGGUCAAAGCUACCUUUCCCAAGCCCUGGGAUUCAUUUCCUUGACACACACCCGGCAGUUGUUGAAGCUGCUCACAGGUCCAGCCCCAGUGUGUGGCCCAGAGCCAAGUGGCCCAGUGGCUGGGAGAGGGAGGCUGACCUGCUGGGCAACCUGUGGGCUGGCCGCACCCGUGUGCCCCCACAGGGCCUGGGGCUUGCUGAAAAGGAAGGCCAGGCUUCUGGAUGGCCCCAAACAAUGCCUCAGGUCCUUGAGGCUACAUCCCAGGUAUUCUGGAAGCCAGUGUUGGUGCCAGAAGCAGUGAAGUUGACUCCUGGUGUGAGCAUGUGGAACCGUAGCACCCAGGUGCUGCUUAACUCUGCUGUGUCCCAAGAGGAAGUCAAAGAAGGAGGCACCUCUCCUGCAGUUGAGCAGCGCCCCAUCCAGAAAGGUGUGUCCAAACCUCAUGUGACAGCAGAACAGCUAACAAAGAGUGCAGCUCCCAAAGUGUGGCUGCUCCCCUCAAAGCCCAUGCCCCAUUCCGGUUCUUGAACCUUUGGCAGUGGGAAUUUCACUUACCCUGUGCCUGCCUGUCAGAAAUAAAACACCUGAAUUGCUCUAGGAA